AUUGGAGAGAGUUCCCUUCACUAUGUCCCAUAGCCAAAACAGGAAGUGAGAGGAAAUCCAUCCAAAGUGAGGGAAGCCCUGGUUGUCAUCAGAACUACUGUCCCUAUUGGAAAAUUUCCCAUCUCUUCUUGUUCACUAGUGUCAACCCACAAUUAUCCUAAAGUGGUCUUGCAUGCAGGGGCGGACUGACAACUCAUGGGCCCCCCGGGCAAUAGGGGAUCAUGGGGCCCCUGCGUCCUUGCCCAAACUCAAAAACGCCUAUGAAAAAGGUACCAGGGGCAUCUCAUGGGGCCCCCUACUGACCCAGACCCUCGGGCAGUGCCCGAGUUUCCAAAUGGUCAGUCCGCCCCUGCUUGCA